GUCACUCUAGUGUAUUGGUUAGCUGGUUAGCCCAAAUCAUGCACUGAUUUUGAAGGAAUCUAUUGAAAAUGGCGUCGGUGGUUCGCGACGUAAACUUUUCGUUGGUCAAAUAUUGAACUCAAUUCAUCGCCAGCACGUCCCGAAUUGAGUGGAAAAUUUAGUGCAAUAAGUGCAUUUACCGCAUCAGAGAAAUCCAGCCGCAAGUGCGUCGGGAAUAGUGAGAAAUUGCCAAGUGAAAAAUCAAGGGGAGUGUGAAGCAUCUCCGGGGGCUCCGUCUCGUCCAUUCGCAGACGAGUCAGUGUGCCAAGAAGUGUGAAUCUAAGGAAAGCUGCGUGCUUUGUCGCCGAGGAAAGUUUGCGGAUUUCCGUGGAAAAGCAUGUUUACUCGGUUGCUGGCGUGCUCGAUUCAUGGAAGCAGCGUCGCGGCCGCCGCCACCGUCCGGAUCGUCGCGAGGCAAUGAGCAGUUCCGCAUUGUCGCAAUGUCCUUUGGUACGCAAGCAAUGCGUAGAUUCGAAAAGUGCAAUCGCAGUCGGUGCUGAAGUGCAUAGUUUACAGUAGAGCUACUCUGCCGCGUACCCGCUUGACGCCCAACCGCCGCAAGUCGCUCGCGGACCGAAUUUCGUGUUGGGCAGAGGCCAGUGGACAAGUGCAAGUCGUUCGCGUUGUCGUCGCCUUCCAAGUCUGGGACGUCCUCGCCGUCCCGCUGCCGCCACCGCCACCGACUCCAACAUCAUCUGCUCCUCCUGAACGGGACGCAUUCCCACAAAAUGUUCUCCGGGCAGCAUGUAACCAGCGAUUCGAAACCGUACGAUUUUGAGAAGAGCGAGAAUGCAGCCAAGUGGAAAGGACUGUUCAGUCCAGCAUUGAAGAAGGUUCUGGAACAGGUGCAUCCUCGUCUGACUGCGGGCGAGGAUGCCCUUCUGUACGUGGAAAGUCUGUGCCUUCGACUUCUGGCUAUGCUCUGUGCAAAACCUCCGCCGCAUACGAUACAGGACAUUGAAGAUCGCAUUGGAAAAACCUUUCCAACACCGAUUGACAAAUGGGCGUUAAACGAGGCUCGUGACACAAUCGACAAAUCAAAGAAAAAGAAGUCGGUAUUGCCUGUGGAUCGAGUUCAUACCAUGCUUCAAAAGGAGGUUCUACAGUACAAAAUCGAUAGUUCGGUAUCGUUGUUUCUAGUUGCUGUUUUAGAAUAUAUUUCGGCUGACAUACUAAAGCUAGCUGGAAACUAUGUUAAGAACAUCAAACAUGUGGAAAUAUCACGAGAAGAUAUUAAGGUUGCCAUGUGCGCUGAUAAGGUGCUUAUGGAUAUGUUCUAUCAAGGCGAUAAUAGUAGUACAAUAAUACCAAGUCCUCUCCCACCAACACCGAGUGGAAGCGCAAGCUACGAAGAAGUCGUGAAGGAGCUGAUACACGACGAGAAACAAUACCAACGUGAUUUGCAUAUGAUAAUCCGAGUUUUUCGGGAUGAAUUAACGAAAAUAGUAGACGAUCCCAAGAAGCUAGAAAUCAUAUUUUCCAAUAUAUUCGACAUUUACGAAGUGACUGUGACAUUAUUGGGAUCUUUAGAAGAUGUUAUUGAAAUGUCGCAAGAACAGAAUCUACCUUACGUAGGAAGUUGUUUCGAGGAAUUGGCAGAGGCCGCAGAAUUUGAUGUUUACAUUAAGUAUGCAUCGGAGGUGACAUCAGCGCAAUCGCGGGACACUUUAACAAAUUUACUUGCAACAUCAAAGGCAAGCUCAUUAAUAUCUGCGGGACAUGGAUUUCUGGAGGCUUGUAAAUAUUAUCUACCAAAACUUCUACUUGUGCCCAUAUGGCAUGCAUUUCUAUAUAUAGAAUAUGUUAGUAUAUUACGAUCUCUAAGUCCGUCAGUUGAGGAUACAGAAAGUUUUUCACAAGUUUUGGGCUUAUUAAAACCAUUGCAAAGUAGUCUAGAGAAUAUCGUAUCACAUUUACCAAAGGAGUCGGUGGUACGAACACCUACACGUGCCAGACGUCAAUUAGCAAUCUUAAGAACUCUGGAGUUGCAAAAUAGCGUGGAACACUGGGAUACGGACGUUGUCGGGCAAAAUUGCAAUGAAUUUAUUAGAGAGGAUACUCUAGCUAAAUUAGGAUCAGGGAAACGUAUAACUGAACGAAAAGUUUAUCUGUUUGAUGGUCUCUUAGUUUUAUGUAAAUCCAUUUCAAGACGUCAAGCCACCUCGGUGGCUGGUAAUAAUUACGAAUAUCGAUUAAAGGAGAAAUUCUUUAUGAGAAGACUGCACGUUAUAGAUCGAGCCGAUACCGAUGAGUUGAAGAAUUCAUUUGAAAUAUCGCCCCGUGAUCAACAAUCUGUUGUACUCAUAGCAAAAACUCCUCAACAUAAAAAUGAUUGGAUGGCCGAUUUGAUAAUGGUUAAUACAAAAUCGAUGUUAGAUCGUAUACUCGAUAGUUUUUUAUUAGAUAUUGAAAAACAGCAUCCCUUACGAAUGCCUAGUCCAGAUAUUUAUAAAUUUGCAGUUCCUGAUAGUCCAGAAAAUAUCAUAUUAGAAGAGAAGGAUAGUACGGGUGUGCCACUGAUAAAGGGAGCAACAUUGUGCAAAUUGAUAGAACGUUUAACUUAUCACAUUUAUGCGGACCCUAUGUUCGUUAGAACAUUCCUCACAACAUAUCGUUAUUUCUGUACACCUCAUGAACUUCUUCAACUGCUGAUUGAACGUUUCAAUAUUCCUGAUCCGAGUCUAGUGUAUCCUGAUCAGCCUAAUGACAAAGACAUGAUCGGAUGCGAACCUGAUAAAAUACAUAAAAAUUCACAGAGAGAAGACUGGAAACGUUACAAGAAGGAGUACGUACAACCCGUUCAGUUUCGAGUGUUGAACGUAUUGCGACAUUGGGUCGACCAUCAUUUCUAUGAUUUUGAAAAGGACGAUGGAUUGCUAACAAAGUUGCAAGAUUUUCUGAACACGGUGAAUGGUAAAUCAAUGCGAAAGUGGGUCUAUUCGGUCCUGAAGAUAGUGCAAAGAAAGACUUCACACAAAGAUAGCCACAAAGAAAUCACUUUUGCUUACGGCAACAGCCCACCUGCGAUUGAGCAUCACUUACAAGUUCCUGAAAACGAAUACAACUUGCUAACUCUCCACCCAUUGGAGUUGGCACGUCAGCUAACACUUCUCGAGUUUGAACUCUAUAAAAACGUAAAACCUUCAGAACUAGUCGGAUCUCCGUGGACGAAAAAAGACAAGGAACAGAAAAGUCCGAAUCUACUUAAACUAAUGAAACACACAACAAAUAUGACUAGAUGGUUCGAGAAGUCAAUAAUUGAAGCUGAAAAUUAUGAAGAACGCGUUGCAAUGGUUACACGUGCCAUUGAAGUGAUGAUUGUUAUGAUGGAGUUGAAUAAUUUCAACGGAUGCCUAUCGAUUAUAGCGGCCAUGGGAAGCGCCUCUGUGUUUCGACUAAAGUUAACAUUUUCAGGUCUACAAUCGAGAUAUGAAAAAUGGUUGGAGGAAUGUCGCGAACUUAACACCGAUGGCCAUUUAAGAAAAUAUAUAGAGAAAUUAAGAUCCAUAAACCCUCCUUGUGUACCAUUUUUCGGGCGCUAUCUUACCAAUAUUAUACAUUUAGAAGAGGGAAAUCCAGAUUUCCUACCCAAUACAGAACUGAUUAAUUUUUCUAAACGACGAAAGGUAGCGGAAACUAUAGGAGAAAUUCAACAGUAUCAAAAUCAGCCAUAUUGCUUAAAAGUGGAUCCGAAAAUACGGAACUUUUUACUGAAUUUGGACCCUUUCAAAGGAAUGUCGGAUACAGAAAUAUCGAACUAUUUGUAUAAAGAAAGCUUAAGAAUAGAACCUAAAGGCUGCAAACAACCACCAAAAUACCCAAGAAAAUGGCCGGACAUACCCCUCAAAUCUCCCGGUAUUAAACCACGACGGCAGAAUAACAAUAGCAGUUCAAAUUCCAACAAUCAGAACACUUUACCGCAACUGGGUCAACAUUCGCACAGUUCAAAGUCACAUCACAUGCAUACCAACGAAGGCGAGCAAAGUCCACCUGGUUCGAAUUCAUUCUCUUCAAAUACAUCAUCCAAUGCGAGUGAUUUCAGUAUAUUUCAAACUAUUCGGAUACAACCUCGCAAUGGAUCGGCCAAUAACUUCCACUAUAACAGUCAAACCCAUCACAUCUCCCAUUCGGGUGAUGCGAGUAUGCAUCACACAAGCCCAAUGUCGUGUGCAGCUUGGACAUCUACACCCAAGGAUUUUUCAGAUACGGUAUCAAUCAAUUCAACAAUGAUGGGAGCAGCACCAGGAAUACCAAAACGAUCGAACAGUAUUAUAUCGGUGAAUUCUACAUUCGUCAACAGUUCAGCCGAUUCAUGUUGUAAACCAAUUUUAAGUCCGGCGAGUACGAGUAAUUCAACUAAUACGAAUAAUUGGCGCCAUCCGCCUUUUGUUAUUCCUAAACAGUAUGAGCCGCUGAAUGAAGAUGCUCAACCGAUGCUUUCAAAUUCGUUCAAUAGCUUAAACAGUGAGCCAUCACCGCCGCCUAUUCCUUCUCCAACUAUUAGUCCGAGAACUGAUUCUUGUCUAAUGAAUCGAUCUCCAUUCCAAAAUAUGUCACACCAUAGAGUAAAUACUAGAUGUAGUACGUAUAGUUUAAGUGAUGAUUCGUCAACUUCAGCGUCUAAUGCUAUGGGAGGAAUCAGUGAUCACCCGCCUCAUGUGUUUCCGCCAAGUCCUAAAACUCAACAGAAUUGCAUUUUUGCAAAUUCAGCGACAGAUCUCGCAGGGUCGAAUGAUUUUGGACAAGUCCCAAUCUCGCCACAUGUUAAUGUUCCAAGUACACAAAUUAGCUUUAAUCCAGUUGUUCCUCCACCAAUUCCACCACGACGACCUGAACGGCGGGAACUCGGUGGAGAAGCUGCCAGCUAUGCACAAAAACGCCAAGCACCAGACGCACCAGAGUUGCCACCACGCGAUGGGGAACUAAGUCCUCCUCCACUACCGCCACGACUUCACCAUCAACCCCGCAAUCCAUUAAUAACACUUGAUUCAUUAGCCUCGGCACCGACCCUGAAUCAUCACCAUCAUAAUCAUCAACAUCAAGAUGGCUUCAUAGCAGGGAACAGUAAUUUAAUGUUACCAUAUACAAGUGCAAUUAUGAUGCGACGAAAUUCGGCCAUGGAAAAAGCAGCAAAACAACAACAAGCAUCGAGCGGUCUAACAACACCAAGUCCCGGUUCGCAAAGUGCACAAUCAUCACUAGCAACAAAUUCAUCAACAACAUCAUCACCAAUGACACCAGCAACACCUAUGUCGCCAUCACUUGCACCACCUUUACAACCACCACCAAUUGCAACACGACGUACAAGCACAAAUACAUCGCCGCAAUUUUCACCAGGCGAAUCGACACCAAAGCUUCCGCCUAAGCCAAGAAUGAAUUCGAAUUUUUAUAAUAAUACUCAAGAUAAACACGCAACAAUGUUUCCAUAUCCAAGUACAAAUCAUGAAUAAGCGAAUGAUCGAAGGAACACUGUCAGCCAGAGUAAGCAAAGGAUACAAAGAAAGAAAGCAAAGGAUAUAAAGAGAGAAAGGACUCGUAUCAAAUUUGGCUUGCGAACGAUACACGAUAUCUAACAAUUUUUCCUUCUUAUUUAAUUUGCAAAUUAAUUUCUGUUUAAUAACAAAUGACGACACAUCAGACUUAUGCGAACCAUCGACAAAUAAUAAUUAAUUGGAUAAUUUUCAUGGAAACUGUUAUAAAUACUACGAUGUUGCGACUGGCACUGCAGAUUGAGGCGGGGUAAAAUGUUUUUUUUUAAUUUUUGUUUUGUUUUUUGUUUUUUAGUUAUUAUUUGAAUAAAAAAAAACGAAAAAUGUUAGAAUUUUCAAGCCAUAUUAUCGAAUUUCGUGCAAUUUCAAAUAAUAUGAAAUAAAGCGAAAUUCGUAAGAUAAGUUCAAAAGUAAAUGUUAGGAAAUGUAACGUGAGAAUGCUGUUUAUUCAAAUACGAAUGGAAAUUAGUUGGAUUUUAUUCAAAAGUGAAUGAUUUUAGUUUUCAACAAAAGAAAAAGAAUUGAAUGAAGUAAAAAUCAAUCAAAAAAAACUACACGUUCUUCUUAGACAAAUCUCCCAAAAUGUACCUUAAUGUAAGGUGGUUAGUUUUAUAACAAGUCAAUGUUACUUGCUGUCUGCGUGAAUCAAUAAAAAAAAUAAAGAAAAAUUCGACUAGAUUUGAAUUAGAUUUAGAAUUGUUAAAACAGGGAUCAAAUUGUUAUAAUUGAUGGAAAUUAUUUUCGAGAUUUGUUUAAAAGGAAUAUUUUUAUUCUUAAAGAAAUUUAUUGGCUGUUUUUCGAGAUGAAAUUUAUUUGAGAAAGCAAAAUGUCUUUUACGGUGCAUGUUAUAUUGUAUUUGAUUAAGUUCGAGCACGAGACGAAGAUAUUUUUCAUAGAUUGGCUUUUAUACAUUUUAAUGCGUUAUUUUUUUUAUUAGAAAAACAUUUCCUUCGGUUAAGACAGUUCAUGUUUUUGGUUCUAAUAAAUUUAUGAACGUUUAGCUUCUAAUGUAAGUCAUAAAUCUAUCAAGGGAAGUUUAUAGCGAAACGAUAUUGCAUAGCAAACAUGUUGUUAGAGAGAAAAUGUAACGAGUUGUACUGAAGUCACAAAAUAUUUAAAAAAAAAA